AGGAAACUACUUUUUUUAUUUUGUGAAAUUUAACAUCAAAAUUAGCAAUGGAGACCUGGCUCAUAGCUUUACUCUCCGUCAUUGGGGCUCUGUUGCUGUUAUUUAUUGUUUUGCCGGUGAUGAUAGGAAUAAUUUAUCGGGCUCGGUCAAGAAGAUGCCCCAAGGAUGUAAUGGUGACCGGCAAGACCGUCAUCGUGACCGGACCAACGGCAGGUAUCGGGCGCGUGACUGCGCACGAGAUGGCGAAGAGAGGCGCGCGCGUCAUCCUCGCCUGUCGCAACACACGGAAAGCUGAGCCUAUAGCAGAGCAAAUAAAGAAAGAGACGAACAAUGACGAUGUCGUGAUACGACAUCUCGAUCUGUCAGACUUGACCUCCGUGCGAAAGUUUGCUGAAGAAAUCAAUUGUCAAGAAGAGGCUGUCCAUAUUUUGAUCAACAACGCUGGGAUUCUGUCGCCCGACAAGAAAAAGUUGUCGCCUCAAGGCUUCGAGAUCACCCUUGCCACCAACCACCUGGGACCCUUCCUGCUCACCAAUCUGCUGCUCGACAAGAUCAAGGCGAGCGCCCCUAGCCGCAUAGUGAACGUAUCGUCGCUGGGGUACGCAGCUAACGUGCUCUACUUGGAUGACCUCAACUUAGAAAAGACAGCCUAUGGCGUCUACAGAGCGUACUGCCAGAGCAAACUCUGCAAUAUACUCUUCACUAAAGAGCUUGCCGUACGCCUGCAAGGAACAGGGGUGACGACGAACUGCCUGCACCCAGGCUACGUGUACACCGACAUCUUCGACCGCGGCGAGGGGCCUGCCGCUGGACUGAACUUCCGUAACCUCUCACCCAGAGUGAUGGGACGGGUGAGCUGACUUAUCGUUAUCUCCCUCCUAAAGGGAUGGGUCGGGUGAGCUGACUUAUCGUUAUCUCCCUCCUAAAGGGAUAG